GACCGCGCUGUCUUCUUCUUCCUCUCCCGUUAACUCGGCUUUUCUCGCCUUACAGCUCCGCGCGCUUCCCCGGGCCCAGCGUUCUCUCACCCUCUAUCUGUACGGAUUUACACAGAAACGACAGGACAGUGAUGUCGGAGUACAGCGCGGUGCCGCCGCCUCCCGGAGCAGCAGCAGCACUGGGACCCGGCGGGGUGAAGAAGGACGCGUUCGCGGACGCGGUGCAGCGCGCGCGGCAGAUUGCAGCUAAGAUCGGUGGAGACGUUGCAAGCGGCCCUGUGAGCAAUAAUGGUGGUACAGAGGGGUAUCCUUUCUCAGCACAGAAACGAUCGCUGGAGGAUGGAGAUCAGCCGGACAGUAAACGGAUGGCUCCUCAGUGUGAUCGCGACAACGCUACAGCACUGUCUAUCAGUGCUCAGCUGGCUGCGCUCUCUCAGCAGAGCGGACGGCCGUCUGCUCUAACGGAGGAGUACAGGGUUCCUGACGGCAUGGUGGGCCUCAUCAUUGGUCGAGGAGGAGAGCAGAUCAAUAAGAUCCAGCAGGAGUCGGGGUGUAAGGUUCAGAUCGCACCUGACAGCGGCGGUUUACCCGACCGAAGUGUCUCUCUCACUGGGCCUCAUGACGCCAUACAGAAGGCCAAGAUGCUGUUAGAUGACAUUGUGUCGCGGGGGAGGGGCACACCACCCACCUCCUUUCAUGAGGCCAACGGUAGCAGCCACAUGCAGGAGAUGAUCAUCCCGGCGGGAAAAGCUGGCCUUGUCAUUGGCAAAGGAGGAGAGACCAUCAAGCAGCUCCAGGAGCGAGCUGGAGUGAAGAUGAUUUUGAUACAGGAUCCAUCUCAGGGACCAAACAUUGACAAACCCCUUCGUAUCAUUGGAGACCCCUACAAAGUGCAGCAAGCAAGGGAGAUGGUGCAGGAUAUCCUACGUGAGAGGGAUCAGUUUGGAGACAGGACUGAAUACGGCUCCCGCAUGAGUGGAGGAAUAGAGGUUCCUGUGCCGCGUCACUCUGUGGGCGUGGUGAUCGGGCGAAACGGAGAGAUGAUCAAAAAGAUACAGAAUGAUGCAGGAGUCAGGAUACAGUUCAAACCAGAUGACGGGAGUGGACCCGAUAAGGUCGCCCACAUCAUGGGGCCUCCUGACCGCUGUGAGCACGCAGCCGGCAUCAUCAACGAGCUCCUACAGAGCAUCCGUGUCCGAGAGGAAGGAGGAGGAGGAGGGGGACCUCCUGGUCCUCCUGGCACAGGUAUGCCUCCAGGUGGGCGUGGUAGGGGGCGUGGCCCAGGUAACUGGGGUCCCCCAGGCGGUGAGAUGACCUUCUCUAUCCCCGCCCACAAAUGUGGCCUGGUGAUUGGUCGAGGAGGCGAGAACGUGAAGUCGAUCAAUCAGCAGACGGGCGCGUUUGUGGAGAUCUCGCGCCAGCCGCCACCCAACGGAGACCCCAACUUCAAACUGUUCACCAUCCGGGGGAACCCGCAGCAGAUCGAUCACGCCAAGCAGCUUAUUGAAGACAAGAUCGAGGGUCCUCUGUGUCCCGUAGGUCCCGGUCCCGGUGGUCCUGGUCCAGCCGGCCCCAUGGGUCCUUACAACCCAAAUCCAUAUCAGCCUGGACCUCCAGGAGCCCCACCACAUGGAGGUCCUCCAGGUGCCCAUCAGUACCCCCCUCAGGGUUGGGGAAAUGCCUACCAGCAGUGGCAACCGCCUGCACCUCAUGACCCCAGUAAAGCCGCAGCGGAUCACAGCGCUGCCUGGGCAGCGUAUUAUGCGCAGUAUUACCCGCAGCCAGGCGGAGGAGCGAUGCCCGGACAGACACCCAGCGCACAGCCCGCCGCCCCCACCCCCGCCGACCAGAACCAAGCAGCUCAGAACACGGGGCAGCCCGACUACACCAAGGCCUGGGAGGAGUACUACAAGAAAAUGGGUGAGACUCAAGCAGGCGGUGGAGCUGCUCCAGCAGCAGGUGGAGCUCCAGCAGCGACAGGAGCAGCAGGACAGACUGACUACAGUGCCGCUUGGGCCGAGUACUACAGACAACAAGCAGCGUAUUACGGCCAAAACCCACAGAACCCCGGGCAGCCUGCCGCUACGCAGCAGGGCCAACAGGCGCAGUAAACCUGGCCACUCCCACUUCCUCCCCAGUGACGUCUGCCCCUUUUGCUUUUCCCUCCUCUCUUCGUCUUCGUUGUCGCUCGCAGAUCGUCGCUUGUCCUCCUGCAACCGACGACCGGACACGAACGAACACCCCGUAAAUGAUUAGUUUCUCUCUCACUCUGUUUUUGUGUCAUUUCUCUUCUUACAGAAAUGGACUAAAACCAAGCAAGUAGCUGCCUUUUUUUUUUUUUUUUUUUUAAACCCCCUCUUCAUCGCUUAUCCUCUUCCUCCUCUAAAUGUGCUUAAACAUCCGUCACCAGGGAAACGAAAGGGAACGCUUCUGAAUCAUUGUCGCCUCCCUAAAUGGACUCGCACUUCACUGUUCUUCUUUUCUCUCUUCAUUAAGAUGUUAUUACUGCAUCUGAAACUGUACAAAAAUUUUGGUUUGUUUUUAGAUUUUUAACUUUGUUUUAAAAAUGGAAAUUGGUUAAAGGUUGGAACAUUCCCAGUAUUUUUUUUUUUUCUUUCAUUCAGAGCUUUUUUAAGUGUUUUUUUUUUUUUUUUUUUUUUCCUUCUUUUUUUUAAUCUCGUGUGUGUUCAUCUGACACACAUCUACUCCUCCCCUCCCCUGUCUUCCUACCAGGUUCAUGAAGCUCUGAUAUUAUUAUUAUUAUUAUUAUUAUUAUUAUUAUUAUUAUUAUAUAGGUUAUAUAUAAUUUUUUUUUUUUUUACUGCUUGUUUUUAAAACCUUCACAAUAAAAAAAAAAAAGGAAAAACUUAAACGCAGACCGUUUUUGUCUUCGUUCACUUUGCUACUGAGUCAGCAGGGUGUACAGAACAUUUGUUUAUAACGUGGAAUCGACUCAUAAAUGUGAUCCAGCGUUUCACUCGAGACUGUAACCGAUUUCUUUUCUGUAAAACGUUUCAAUAAAAUCCGAAAGUCAUGA